AGCCAGGAAAUGGAACGGUGACGCGACGCUGAAUUCAGCCUUAACAUAAUAGUGAUAUUGGUUCGGUGAAUAUCACCAUCACAGAGAAGAUGAGUAAGCGGCCCACGAUGACGGCUCAUCAUGACCAGUCUCUGCGUGCCAUGGACCUAACAGAGGACACAACUGAGCUGUAUGAGGAGCUAUACCAGGGCCCAGAUGAUACCAAUUAUCAACACGACCCUAAAGAGGAGAAGAAUGCCCUGGCUCCCUUCAUGAUUAACCUGUUUGGUCGCAGCGUGAACUACGUGGUGCUCGCCGUGCAUGCAAAUAUAGUACUGUAUUCCAUCUUUUUCUGGAUUCAACAGGGGACUAUGCCGUAUCUAAUCAAGAAGUUUGAGGUGGACCCAGCAGUGUUUGGCUAUCUUCAGACCACGUUUGCCAUCGUACAGCUCUGUGGAGGACCACUGUUUGGAAGGUAUGGUGAUUUAUAUGGGGGGCAGGCAGCACUGGUGUUAGCCUUCAGUUCUGCCGCUCUCUCCUACUUGAUCCUGGGUAUGUCGUUUACAGUACCCAUGUUGUUCCUGUCCAGGCUGCCCUCUGUCUUCAUGCAUGCUAUGCAAGGUGGGCAGAUGGUGGUAACAGACAUGUCUGAAGAAAAGCAGAGAUCAGACGCUCUUGGGAAGCUGGGACUUUCCUAUGGCAUCGGCUUCAUAGUAGGGCCACUCGUUGGAGGAGUGUUAACCAAAGCAUUUGGAGAACAAUUUGCUGCCUUUGUGGCAGCGUCGGGGUCUAUACUAAGUAUUGUGAUAGUUAAAAUGUCUAUACCAAAGCACACCAAGCUAUAUCAUACUGAAGUCCACAAAGAAGAGAGUACCACAGCUGUGUUCAACAUGAAGAAGAUUGGCACCCUCCUCCAAACACCAGGAACUGGGCUCCUACUGGCUGUCAAGACAUUUACAGGCAUUCCAAUCGGCAUUUUCCAAAGCAUGUUUCCAAUAGUCGCAGUGACACUGUUCAAACUGGAACCAGAACAAAAUGGCUACCUCAUGGCAUAUACAGGAGUUUUAGUUAUGCUUAUCCAAGGUUUUGGACUGGGUAUAGUGGGGAAGAAGUUCAAUGAUAAUUCCUUGAUUAAACUAGCAACUUUUAUUAUGAUUUGGGCAUAUUUAGCUUUGUCCUAUGUAACCUCAGUAUGGCAGUUUGCAGUGGUCGCCAUACCUCUGUGCUUUGGCCUCACAACACAGAAUAUAGUCAUCAGCAGCGCCCUCACUAAGAGGGUGCCACACGCAGACACAGGUGCUAUUCUUGGUGUAAACAUGGCCAUGAAUUCUCUGAUCAGAACAGUGUCACCCACUAUAGGAGGAAUCAUGCUACACCAAUAUGGCUUCCCGUCUUUUGGAUACUUGGGAUUCGUUGUCUGUGGAAUCAUGAGCAUAGGAUUAUUUACCAAGUUGAAAUCCUAAUUAAGAACUUUCAGCAUUUAGAUGUUCUCUGUGUACUUACAUAGGAGUAAAUGCAACGUGGAUAAUUUAAUUCCUUACUUAAUAACUAAAUUAUAAGACUAUAUUGCGGCUAGUGUGGAGUUAUUCUUGCAGUUUUGAUUUUCAAAAUCUCAUAAAGGCCACAUUUUAAUUUUAUCAAAUAUUUUAACUUUAUACACUUAUAUGGUUUCUUUUUGGUUCUCUUAAUUGUCAGAUUUAACAAUUUAAUAUACAAUUUACAAAAAUACAAUGCAGUAAAUAUUAAUACAUGCAGAAGUAGGUGUUGUUAAUAGGCAUAUAUGUUGCUUUUUCUGUUUAUGAGUGAUAUUAUAACAUUAUUUAUUCAGAAUCAUGAAAUUAUAUCUGUUAAUAAAAGUCCCUCAUCUUAA